UCUUAUUCUAGGCUAAGAUACAAGAGAAACAAAUAGAGAUUUGUGUUUUUUUAAUGUGUUUAUCACCAAAGAUUCUUUCAAUCUUUGAUCUUGUGAAACUCUCGUGCUCUGUACUUCUCUCUCUCUUUUGACACAAGAGAAACAGAGUUUUAUAGUGAUCAACAGUGUUCACAUACGUUUGCAACCGUACGUUUAAUAUAAUAACCGUUUGUACAAAAAGGUGCGAUGGUUGGUGUAUAACCGUCGAUGUACGUACACUAACUGUCGAUGUACGUACACUUAAAUAUCCAACAUUCGUGAAUAACCGACGAUGUACGUACACUUAAAUAUCACGUACACAUAAAUAUCCAACAUAUAUAUACAGUAUUAAUUACAUACUUAAAUGAUAUAUAUAGAUGUCAGUAAAUGUGCAUAUAAUAGAUACAAGAAAGUGUAAAUGUGGGAAUGUGAAAUGUUGGAGGAAGAGAAGAUGGAGAGUGUGUGGGUCUAUGCUGCUUUGGCACUUUCAGACAUUUUAUUCAUUCCAUAUGACUUGACUACCACUCUCUUUCUCUCUCUAAUAGUUCUUUAUUAUUGGUUCAUUAUAUAAAAGGAAAAAUU